AUAGAAGAAGAAGACGGAACGUAAACUACUCAACAUGGAGACAGCAGUUGAUAAACUGGAGGCGAUGUUCCAGAAGGCAGAGGCUGACAUGGAGUACAUGGAGAAGCGGCUAAGGCUGGACUUCCUGACUAAUGUUCCAGAAAACAGUGCAGCAGAGGAAAACCCUAUGAAGCUGCUGGAGAACCUGUCAGCCAUCAAGACGAGGCAUGCGGCUCUGUGCACACAAGUGCAGGAGAUCGCAGCCGAGCAGAAGCAAUCAAUGGACGCCAUACGAGUGCACCUCGACACCACUGUGCAGCUGGUGCAACAGUUACAGCAGACUGCUGAUGUUGAGCUUCCAACAGUGACUGAGACGGAGCAGGAGUCUGCAGAGUUCCUUGGUUUAUCAGUCAAUCAAAACACAAUAGAGGUACCGAUGUCUAUGGAGCUUCCAGCCCAAGAGCUGCCUCAGUCCUCGAGGGAGGGCGAGUUUGAGGAGGUGAGUGAAGCCACACUGGAGGCAGUGCCGUGCAGCAUGCGUGCCAACGUCAAGCUGGCCAACCUCAAUGCCUUCUACAAGCAGCUGCAUGAGUACUUCUCCUUCAGAAAAAACAGUGGUGCCCUCAGUUUGCCGAAGAUGAAGCAGAUGAACAUGAAGGUUAGCGACGCCAAGCUGAAGACGUUGCAACACCUCUCUCUCAUUGAGCUAGACAUGAAAGGGCAUGUUCGUCUGCUACUGUGAGACUGAGGAACCUGCAUAGCCGAGAGGCUAAAAUAUAAGACCGCACUGAGUAUGUGAUGAAAAGUGACUGAUUCUGCCCAUCUCUCCUUUUCCAUUUGCUAGUCAUAUUAGCCUCAUUGAAGGGGUUUCAGUUGAAUCCUCAUGCCUACAUAUGCUGUGGUUCCAUUUAAUUUGCUAGAUAUUUUUCUUAAAUGACACCCCAGAAUUUUCUUUCAGGAAUUGACAUCAGAAGCAAAAAUUCCAGAUGGGAUCAAGUCAUCACAUGUUUCUAGGGUGCUGUAAGGGGAAGGCGGUUGGGCCAUAUUGUAAAUUAAGGUGCACUAUUUUUGUAAAGAGUUUAAUGUUGGAUAAGUAUGUAGGGUUUUCUGGCUAAUGUAUCAGCGAAAUUCAUUUCACCUGUAAAUAUGUGAUGAAAGAUUUAAUUCCACUGACUUUCCAACUGUACGUCUUGUGUCAAGCGUCAAUGUAUUUUAUGAUCCUUCAUUAAAUUGAAAUAUUC